AUGAACAGAGAGGUACGUCGAACAGGUCUCGAACGGUCUGACGGUCUCUCUAAUCAGCUUCCGUAUGUGACACACCUAUAUGAUGGGCAAGGAACCCUGAGACGACUCGCAGGAGAGAACACGCCUCACCAAAGAGUCAGGCGACCACCAGAAUCCCAGGGACAGCCCCGUGUGCGAGCUGGAACACAGCCACUCGUGGCACCUCGUGGUGGCCGCGCUUUCCAGUAUGUCUCCGCUCCACAGACUUACGCGACCCGUGCUCCAUACGGAGUCCAGCAGCAGCCCCGCAUUCUCCCCCCCCUACAAUCACGCUCGUUCCCCACCCGACAGCCGUAUGCGCCGUCUCAACAGACAUUUGCGCCUACGCAACAGCCAUAUUCGAACCCCCCACAGCCAUACAUGCCCGUCCAACAGCCAUGUGCCCCUGCCCAGGAGCCCCUACUGAGUUACCCCGCGAUGUAUACACUUCCUCAGCCGACGUGUGCUGUCCAGAUGCAGCAGGCGAUCAUGGCACCUGAGUUAAGGUCGCACGAUGAUAUCCUACAAGACCUGGCUACAACAGUGUCGCGGGCAAGAGUCCUGUUGAGUGCCCUUGUGCAAGCGAGACAUGCCUCGACGUCCGCUGUGGCUCCAGUGGUACAGCAGUACCAUGGACCCGUGCUGCAGCAGAUUGUCUUGCCACAGCCUAUGACUGCCAUGCAGAUAGUCCAGCCCGCGAUCGGGACACCCACCGAAGCGCAAGCUACUGCAGGUUCCUUGCCAAGGUUUUCAGGAGCCCAAGGCCGGCGACAGCGCGCUACGCUGCCGGGGGCGCGCAGCCACCACGCGCCUCGUUUGCCUGGUACGGUUGCUCAGUUUCCAACUCCUUCACCGCCCGCGAGUGACCGCGAGUUGAACCUAGCGCCCACCGCUGGAAACGUUCAAGUAUCAGUCGUCCGGCCCACCCCUGUCCAACAGCCUCUGCUCGCGCAGCGACUCGCUCCGGGUCGAGCUAUCAGCCCGGGCUCAUCUCAAUCGGAGGGCGUCUCCAGUCUCAAACCUCAGCCAAACACACAGCUUCCACCACGUGGCGUUGACGCACAGCACAAGCUUUCCGUUCUCGGCGCAGCGGCAGAUGAAUCGGCUGCGCGUGCCUCCGCAGCAGCCUGGCUAGAGUCUCGAACUGAGGCCUCAAGGUUGCCUUUCCUGAAGGCUGUUGGAGCUGAGAGAGAAGCUAUUAAGACGGAAAAAGGCGGCAGCCUCUCGUCGAGCACGCCAAUUGAGGAUGCGGAGAACGCUGCCAACGUUUUGAUGAAGCGGUCGUAUUCGCUUUGGUCAGAUGAAACUGAAGGGUCAGCUCGUGCAGAAAAAUGUAGCACUUCCCUGUUUUCAGUGGACUUCAGUCCCUGUCUAACAUCCCCGGAGGAGACGCCCUCGACGCCUUCAGUUGCGGCGUUACUCUGGUCGCAAGGCGUCGUUGCUGCAUCAUCGAAACAAGAGGUGCGUAGCUUAGUGAAACAUGAGCAUCCAAGCAUUGGCGACCUGGCGGAGAAUGCGACCCUGGAUACUUCUACGUAUGCUGACCCCACCCGGCAUCUAGCACAUCGCCAUGCUGGCCAUCCUCCCGCACCACUAAAGCCAGGAAUCAUGCCGCCUGGCGAAAUUCAUCGUACAGCUCAGGACGUGGCUGGAGAGAAGGCAGAGAGCCAGACGACGUCGCCGCUGCAGACCUCAUCUGUGCCUUCGCGCCGCCCCCCUACGGAGGCUACGGACCCCUCAUCUCAGCGAAGCAACGUGCAACAAAAAGAGAGAGCGCCGGCUGGGCCGCAGGCGGACUGCCCGCCUGGUGGUGCGGUUAGAAAGGAGUCUGAAACGGGUGAAGCUCCAGGUGCUACUGCAGGAGCACGAAACGACAGUGCCGCUAGGGCAACGUAUGCUAGUUUAUUUAAGGAGAGCUCGCUGUCUUCUGUGCGGAUGCCCACAUUUAUGCGCCGUCAACCCGUUCGUGAAGAAGGCGGGCACUCUCCGUCCAGGCAGGAACCUCUGCCUACACAUGCAUCAGAGGGCGCCGGUCACCCAAAGCAUCGAGGGAACCGUGGAGGCUCAAACCGCCGGCAUCCGCGCUACAAAGAGACGGAACGGUUCUCAUCAACAAAUGGAAGAGUGUUCUACAGGACGGUUUCCUCCUCCGCGGAGACGUCUACUGUACCACCCCGCAGAUCCCAGCACCGGGGGACCCCAUGCGCAAGUGUAAGGCGGGCCAGCACGAAAAGGGAGCGUGUAGCACAAGCAGAGACACUGAUAUCUUCUACUGCACGCUCGUCCCGGCCGGCGAUUCCCACUGACCGACCGCUCAAUCCCGUCAGUGACCUUGCUCCAUCCCCGGGAAAGAGAGGAGGCGCACAUAAGAGUAGCGCUUCUGGUAAGGAGACGGUCACCGAAUGGUCAAGCAAGAGCUAUUCGCACAGCCGUGACAGCGCUGAAAAGAACAGAGAGAGUGGCCGUCAUUCCGGGGCAUCCCUGACUCGCACAACGGCGUACGUGGAAGCUGUAAAAGAAGGAACAACUGAUCUAGCGUCACCCCGUGCGGCCGGCAUACGUCGGGCACUACCUAACGUUGCCAAAGGGGAGAAAGGUGCUCACGAAGGAGGCGAAAGGUCUGACGAAACUACAACGAAACAGACUAGCAAUCCGGAGAAGCGCGCGGCGGCAGAGGUGGCUGCCCAACCGUCAAGGGAAUGGAAGUCUGGAAGAUCCACGGACGCAGGGAGUUCGAUGCAGUCGGAAGCCGCUCAUCAUUCGACUCUCGGCGGUUUAAAAGAGGAGCUGGCAGGCCCUCAUGACAGCUAUCGACGGGCGAUCGAUUCAGAAGACGGCGGUCCGGCCGGAGAAAAAGAGCUCGUCAGCGCUAACGAAGCAGAUGAAGGAGAGCGCGGGGGGGCGGAAACUGGGCUUCCGGAACGACCGCCAGGCGACGCGGGAAGCCAUCAGGAGCCCCGUCGAACAAAAUCCAAGAAGGUAAAACACGCCCAACAAAGUAAAAAAAAGGAGAAAUCGGACCAAACCAAAGUUGCUGACAGGGAAGCGAAGCUUCGCCCUACUAAGGACUCACCGCAAGGCUCUCCGGUACCUGUUGUGCAAGGGAAGGAAGCGGACGGGGAGAUACAGGACGCUGAGGUACGCACUAGGCGCGGGGAUCGGAAGACACAAAGACGAGAUAAAACGACAUCAAAGGUAGGUCGUGAAGAGACGUUGGCCCUUCCUCCAGCUGCGGCAGAGGCAGCGCCGCCAAGACCACUGCCAGAACUUCAUUUUCCGGAACCUCCGCCAACGACGGAACAAGAGCAGGCACCGCAGAUGAUAGGCGCGCUGGCUGAAGCCUCAAACGUAAAAGAAGCAAUUGAAGUUUUGCUUACCAAGGUGCAAACAUCUUUAUCGUCCUCUAACGGCAGUACAGAGCCACACGACAGUCAAUCUGGCGUUACUGUGGACGCUAAUGACACGCCGGCUGCGACGCCAGACAACUUGGAGGUGUACGAGUCGUUGAAUCGGUUGAAAGCGUUAUCUUUACAAAUGUUAGAUCAAUCGAGGGAUCUGAGGGCGACUCUCGAAGACAUGAGCAACACUGGAGAUGAGGAAGAAUCCUUCCAAAACAUUUUAAGGCUCGACGUUCGCCAUAAGGAUGGACAGUGGAACAGUGAUGAACGCGCAUUAGCAUUUAGAGCAGAGGCGUUUCAGUUAGCAUUCCUUGCGAAGACAAGGGUUCUUCGCAAGGUAUUUGAACACACUGUACAGGAGGUUCAGAAAUCCCUCGAUAUGAUGAGCGACCCAACCGGCGACGGGGCUCUUGAUCAACAAGUCGUCGUGCCAGAAGCUGAGGUCGUAAUGAUACGGAGGGGACUAGCAAGAGCCAUCGAUGCAGCUGCAAGGGCAAGAGCUCUGGAAGAGCAACGCAUACAACGAUUCGAUAUCGUCGCUUCACUGCGAUUUCGCCAGCAGGUUGUCGCCAGCCGCGAUCAUGCCCGCAGAAACGUUGACGCCUGCAUCGCCGCAACUGUCAAAAGGCUUGAACAGGAAUCACUCGCCGCCGCAGCGACGGGCGACGGUGGGCAGCCUGCAACGACACAUACAGACAUAACAGGACAGGCGAAAGGUACAGCCGGAAAAUCCGCCGCUCGCAGUUUUGCACCCGCAGAAGACAAAGCGAAGUCGAUUCAUGAACUGGAGGAAAUCGCCGCCGCCGUAUGGAAUAACCUACAAAAGCAGAAGGAGGUUGUAUCUCAGGCGGUGAACGACCUUCUUGCCUCUCCUCAGCCGUCGACAGUCCCUAUGGUUGAGAAGCUGAUGGCCCGACUGGGCGCCUCAGCGCAGGUAGCCGCAGAAGCUCUGUGGGGGCAGCUAUGCCUACACGGGCUAUGUGAAAGGCUUGAGCUGACGCCCGAGGAGAAUGACGUGCGUGAAAGGUACGCCCGCGAUAUCAUGGCGUUUCACGAACGAGCCGAAUCGUGCAUCGCGACGUUCUGCCAGAAGAAAAGAGAGGCCGCACUCGCCGCUCUCCUUCGAGAAGAGACCACCAAAAAAGUAAUGGAGAAAGACAGCUUGAUUCCGAAGGUUGACGAGGUAGGAUAG